UUCCCCAGGAAGAGCUGGAAGAAGUGGCCAGGGAGAGGGAAGUCUGGGCCUCCCUUCUGAAGCUGCUACCCCUGCGACCCAACCCCGGAUAAGAGGAAGAAGAUGGAUGGAUGGAUGGAUGGAUGGAUGGAUAUAUAUACGGAUAAAUACUGUAUAUAGCGAUGGUGAAAUUAGUCUCUGAUUUACAGCUUAUGUUUGUAUUAUUAAAACAUGUGGACGUCUUUUGGCCACAUGGAAUUCAAAAGGUUCACUUUUUUAAAUUGGUUUGAGUUUUAGGAAAUAUGUAAAUAUAAAAUGAAUGGAGGUAACUACAGAACUAGCCAGAGUUAUAAUAAAAUGCUUUAAAUCAACACGUACACAUCUAUUAGAAUCUAUUAAACAAUUGGAUUUAAGUCUAGGCUUAAAUCCAGUUGUAUGUUUGUAGUAAGUCUUGAAAGAUUAUUUUCAUAGGUGAUCUCCAACCAGUCUGCCUGUUGUUGAGCGGGAAGAUGGGGCAAAGUGAAAUGUUACCUGGUGAAGAAAGCUAAACCCACCAUCACACAGUGGAACAUGGUGGUGGCAGCAUUAUGCUGAGAGGAUGCUCUCCUUCUGCAGGGGUGGAGUUGAUGAGAAGCUGCAGUCCUGUCAUAAAAGCUGUUUGAGUCAGCAAACCACGUGAGAGUGUGGCAGAAGUUCACCUUCUGUUUUGGUUUAUCACAUAAACUUUAUUGAACUUUCAGUGAAAAAGAAAUUUAAUAAAAUGUGCAAAAUUUCAAUGGUAUCAAUACUUUCACACAAAACUGUGACACCUACACUGUUGGUCUUUAUAACUGGACUCUGUGUUACAUUAGCGCUGAGGUUAUUGAUUGCAUCCGGCGCUCUGCUGCAGAAAGGCCAGGAACCUGCUGGCGGAGAGGCGGAUAUGUAAGCUCUUUGUCCUUUCUUUGUCCUCACACCGUUUUCAUCCCUUCUAUACAUUCGCUCUUCUUCGCCCUCCUCCCUUCCAUUUUCAGAGCAUCUCCUCUGUCUCCUCUGCCUGCUCUGCCUCGUCUCUUGCAGGAAACUCGACAGCUUUGAACAAUGCAAGGUAGGGCGUGUUUGUGAAAAAGCUGCUGCUUUAUCUUGUUUGUGGCUGCAGAGACACUUUGCUGCAGCAUGUUGUGCAAACUCAUGAAGCUGCAGAUUUGAACACGUUCUGCGUUUUCAGAGUUGAACUACAGCAGGGGUGGAGCUGCCCUGGUGAUUUCAGUGGACAAGUUGUUUUCAAACAGGAAAUGCAGCCUGGACGAAAUUAAAAGAAGACGGAAGACUACCGAUAUUUAUUCAGGCCUGGGACUGAGAGACCCAAUAAUGGACCCGAAUGAAGAGGAGUGUGAGGACCAUGAAGUGGGUUCCUGCAUCUGUGUCCUUGAUUGGACGGAGUGUUCAGCCCCUAACUCACAGAGAAACACUACGCACACAUCAGAUUGGCUAGCUUCAUCACGAUUUUGUUUCCUACAACUCUUCUGUCCCAUAUCGGAGCUCAAUGGACAGCUAAGGUUUUUAGAUCCUGUCAUCAAAGGUUUACCAAGCCAGGCCAACCAGGAAGGUACCACUUUCCAUAUGGCGGACAUUUUUUAUUGGAUUAAAAACUUUUUGAAUGAAGCAACCCAGCAGCAUGCCAUCGUCAUGGAUUCCUUCAACAGGCUCAUCAUUCUUUCUGAUAAUUAUAUAACUACAAAUAAAUUAUGCCACGUUUACGGCUCUCGGAAUUUGAGGACAUUUAUUAGACAUAGAGGAAGUUCUGGAAGAAAUAGCAAGAUGUCUGCUGUAAAACACGACAACGCCCAAAGAUCUUUUUGUCUCAAGACGAGCGGCGAGGACGAAGACAGGGACAGCUUAAGGACGUGGAACCCUGAGAUCCGUCAGAAAACCCGUCAAAACGACAAUCAUUCACAAAGACCAUGGAGGAGGAGUAAAAGUGAGAAAAUGAAAAUAAAGAAAAGUGUUUCCUUUGAAGAGGACGUCAUCGUCUACCUGUUUGAUCAGGAAACACCCACUCUCAAGCUGCCUUCAGAACCCUCCACAUCUCCGCCAUUCCAUUUUCCCAGCAUCCAGUCUGAUGUUAUGUCAGAGGACAAUGGGUUGCAGUGGGAAGAUGACUUCUCAGCGUUGGAGUGUGCUCAACCCUCUGGCAUCGUGUCCCUGCCGACCAAGAGCUGGACUUCUCAGACCAGGCCAGAGCUUUGCUCUCUGGCCCAAACUUGCCUGUUCCUCACCUAUGUCACUGAGUCAGACCUUGAACUAUGACACAAAGUGACUUUUAUAAGUUGGGAGACUUGGUUGGAGACUGUGAGGUGAGAGGAAGCAGCACGAUGAAGUCCAAAGAGAAGGCAGUGAGACCCUCCAGGAGGCCCUGGUCCGACCCGGAGCCGGAGAACGAACCGGACACAGAGCCGGGCUCCAGCGAGCAGGAGGGCUCGGAGGCCUCGGUCCGGAUCGGCGGCUCCUGGAGGGGCUCCCUGAGGAGCCGGGACGGCAGGCGCCGACAGGGAGGAGGAGGAGCAGGUGGGGGAGGUGGGCGGCGGCGCAGGAUGUACGGGUCCAGCACCAAGGAGCGCAGCAUCCGGAGGCUGGAGAGCAACGAGCGAGAACGCCAGCGCAUGCACAAACUCAACAACGCCUUCCAGGCGCUGCGCGAAGCCAUCCCACACGUGAAGAUGGACAAGAAGCUGUCCAAGAUCGAGACUCUGACUCUGGCCAAGAACUACAUCAAAGCCUUGACCACCAUCAUCGUGGACCUGUCGGGGGCCUGCCUGCCCGCUGAGGCAGGGCCCCCAGGGGCCAGGGCUGCCAGGCUGCUGCAGUGCUACCAGCAGCACCUGGAGGAGGAGGGGGAGGACGGCCUCACCCAGUACCUCACCCACAUGCAGAGCUUCGGCCAGGAAAGUUAACAGCCUGAGACUGUAAAAGGGUUUGGGACCAGGAGCCCCCUGCUGGAUGCGGCGCCCUACAACAACUGACUGCUGGCCCACAGAGCCUCGCAAAAGUUUUCAUACCUCUUGAACCUUUUCACAUUUUUUCAAGUCUCAACUCCAAGCUGUCAGGAAAUAAAUGAAAUAUAAAUAUUUAUUCACAUCCCUUUGUUCUGGUUCCCCAAAACAAAUCCCAGGUUUGUUCAGAAAUGAUCUAAUUAGCAAAGCCAGCCCACCUGUGUGAUGUUUGUUAUGAUCCUGUUUCUUUGACGAGAAAACAGAACCAUGGUGACCUUGGAACACAGCACGUUAAAAAACUAAAUGGCAAACUUUCCACAUCCCGCAAAGCUCUGUUAGGCAGCCCACCAGGAGGAAACGGAAAAAAUCUGAACACAAAUCUACCAAGAAAAAAGUGUUUUUUGAAAGAAAGUCAUAUGAAGUUCUGCUUGCAGUUUGGUACAAGCCAUAAAGGCAUGGGCUGAGCCAGGGGGUGGUGAAAGGUGGCCAUGGUGACGCCUGCUGUUCCCUUUCAAAACAGCUGGUGGCAGUAGUGAAAUAUGCUUAUACAGCAAAAAUGUAUAAAUAUAGGCAUAUACUUAUUCACUUCGAGAACAUUUUUUCUUUCUUUGGUAAAUUAGUUAGAAAAUAUAAAUGUUGUGCUCUAAAGUGGCUCAGUUUUUGCCCGCCCCCCCCAUGAGGGGCCACCCCUACGAAAAUUGUCUGGCUCCGCCCCUGCAUAUUGGAGACAUGUGGAAGAAGUUUCUCUAGUCAGAUAAGAACAAAAUGGAAUGUACUGCACAUCAUUCCUUGUUGACGUGGUGGCAGCAUGAUGCAGUGGGAAGGUUUUUUCCUUAGGAAGCUAAACAGAGCUGGUGGGAAGUAAAAAACCUUUUACGGCCUAAAAAAAGAGUUCAGCCUGGAGUGAAGGUCACCCUUCUAAAAGUACAGUGACCCCAAACCUACAGCCAGAGAUACAACAGCAUGACUUAGACUUAAAAACUGAUUCUUAUAAAUGCUCAAUCUCACCUCGAGCUAAUUUGAAAAUAAAAAUGAGAAAUAAUUUCAUUAUGUUCAUUUGUAAAAUGGUUAGACACACCGGAAAAGACCUGCAGCUAUAAUGGCAACGAAAAUGUAGUUCUACAAACUACUGAUUCAAGUGGGCCAAAUACAAAUGCACACCACACAUUUCAGAUUUUUACUAAUAAAACAGGUUAAAAAAGCCAUGCAUCAAUUCGACUUUGCAUUGGUCUGACACAUUAUUCUCAUAAAACGUACUGAAGCUUGUGGUUGGUAGUGACAAAAGUGGAAUUAAUUGUUCAAGAGAUGAGAACAUGUUUGCGAUGUGUUGUAAUCCUGUGAAACACACUGAGGUGGCCAGAGAAAAAGACUGCAGUGGACACCAGAGCAAAAUGUGAAGUGCUUGUAAAGACGAAGGGCUCAACCGACCUUUUGCUUUUUUUUUUGCUGUUUGAAAUGACUUUGUUCUCUUUUUCUACUAUCUUAUGAUCUCCCUGUGUGUAUGUGUGUGUUUUGUUAGGAAACUUGCUGAGUGUAAGCUUCUGGUCACAACUGUCACAGAAAGAAGAGAGAAAACGAGCAGCAGGUUUUUGUUGCACAAGAUCUUGUGAGACCCCGAUAAUCAACUAUGAUUAAGCUGAGAUGGCCUUUGCAUUUUCUGCAUCAUAAUCUGAUUGGCUAUGGUCAGCUUUAAAGUGUGUUUUGUUUUUCUUUAUUUUCCUCCUUUGUUUCCAUUUAUGCCAAAGUUUCUGAAAACAAAAAAAUCAGAAAAGAAGAAAAAAGCUGUUUGAGUAGUUGCUAUCAAUAAAACCAUUUAUUUAUUGACA